GACGGUGAUCACGUGAUCCAAUCGAGACAACAUGAAAGACUCCAUCAGUUGCAAAUGAUAGCAAUACAGUUUUGAGGAAAGGACUAGACCCAAGGUUCAUAGCGAAGCGUUUGUUCAUAACAAACCGAGAAGGGGCUGUCAUGCUACUUCAAUAACGUUUUGUAUUAAUUGUAAAGAUUGUGUAAGCUGCGUAAUGGCUUUAAUGCGCGUAAUCGCGUUGCUUGCACUGAUCACAGCUCGAUGUGCUCGCGCCUCGCCGCCAAACUUCGUGCUGCUGUUCGCCGAUGAUUUGGGUUACGGUGAUCUGGGCUGUUUUGGACACCCGAGCUCCCUCACUCCGAAUCUAGACAGACUUGCAUCCCACGGGCUCCGGUUUACCGACUUCUACGUCACGAGUCCCGUGUGCAGCCCCUCCAGGGCAGCCCUGCUGACGGGCCGCUAUCAGACUCGUUCCGGCAUCUACCCGGGUGUGCUGUAUCCGGCCUCUAAAGGGGGUCUCCCGCUCAACGAGACCACUAUUGCAGAGGUGCUGAAGUCUAAGGGUUACACUACAGCCAUAGUGGGCAAAUGGCACCUGGGCGUUGGGCUGAACGGCACUUACCUGCCCACCAGACAGGGCUUCGACAACUAUCUCGGUAUCCCAUACUCACACGACCAGGGUCCCUGUCAGAAUCUCACGUGUUUCCCUCCGGAUGUGAAGUGCUUUGGCUUCUGUGAUCAGGAUGUUGUAACCGUACCUCUCAUGUUUAAUGAGAACAUCAAGCAGCAGCCCGCAGACUUCCUGCAGCUCGAGAAGGCCUACAGUGAAUUUGCCACUCAAUUCAUCAGUGAUGCUGUCCAACAUAACCGUCCUUUCUUCCUGUACUAUCCUUCACAUCACACACACUACCCUCAGUAUGCAGGCUCAGACUAUGCAGGGAAGUCUCCUCGUGGGCCGUUCGGUGACGCUCUGAUGGAGUUUGAUGGCACUGUGGGGAAGAUCCUGCAAACCCUGGAGGAGACGGGGGCGAUCAACAACACUCUGGUCUUCUUCACUGGUGACAACGGGCCAGAGCUCAUGCGGAAAUCACGUGGGGGAAACGCUGGACUGAUGAAAUGUGGCAAAGGCACGACUUAUGAAGGAGGAAUGAGAGAGCCAGCCAUCGCAUAUUGGCCUGGAUCCAUCCAACCAGGUGUGACCCAUGCCUUGGCCAGCUCUUUGGACAUUCUGCCCACCUUUGCCACACUGGCUGGAGCUGUGUUACCUGACGUUCAGCUAGACGGGGUUGACAUGACAAACAUCCUGUUGAAUCACGGAGAGAGUGAAAGACAGACCAUCUUUUACUAUCCAGUUUCUCCAAGCGAGAAGUAUAGCGUGUUUGCAGUGAGAUGGAAAAAUUUCAAAGCACACUACUAUACACAAGGUGCAAUUCACAGUGUUAGCACCCCAGACAGCAACUGCUCAUCACUUUUCCUCAAGCGCCAUAAUCCUCCUUUGCUAUAUAACAUAGAGGCAGACCCAUCAGAAAACUAUAACCUUAACAGUACAGAAUGGGACUCUGUGCUCAAGCUAAUCCAGGUCUUCAAGGAGCAGUUUGAGGCUUCUAUGGUGUUUGGCGAGAGCGAGAUAGCCAAAGGGAGAGACUCUGCACUCGAGCCCUGCUGCAUUCCUAAUUGCACCCCUAAACCCACAUGCUGCCGUUGCAAUUCUGCACUUUAGUGGAAGCGGUGACAAGCACCGGCACGCUGCCAAAUCAUCGAAUCACAGUUCACCAGAACGGCGAAAGGCUGAUUGUGUUUACAUUCUUCAAGCAAAAAUGCAAUGCAAAAAGCACAACUUUUCUGGAAUCUCGUUUUGGUUCUUUGUUGAAGAAAACAACUGAAAAGAUAAAAAAUGAAGUUGUUGUUUUUUUUGUCACAGUUAAUGCCGUAUGAAUGCUAAAAAGUGUUAUUAAUUUUCUCUUAUCUGUCGGUUUGCAGACCAAAAUGUGGCUCUGACUAGUUCACCGAUAUAAUAAUAGGCUUUUGACGGCAUUUGGUUGUAAAGGGAAUAGAGGAGCUAUACUGUGAAGUGUCAGUGUUAUUAAAAGUGUAUUUUCAUUUACUAUCAGUCUGCUUUUAACACUGAAUCGUUAUAAUGGAGUGAUUUUAAAAAUAAAGGAAAGAACACAGGUCUAAUUAUAUUUAA